GCUUUUCGCCACCGCGGCCGGGCGCUAGUCUGCCUUCCCCGCGGACUGUUCUCGCGCGGUUUCCGCGUCUCGGACGCCGACAGACACUAGCCAUGGAGAGCGGCGCCGCCAGGUACCGGCUGAGCUGCUCGCUCCCGGGCCACGAGCUGGACGUUCGAGGUCUGGCGUGUUGCCUCUAUCCGCCGGGGGCCUUUGUGUCGGUAUCCCGAGACCGCACCACCCGCCUCUGGGCCCCUGAUAGUCCUAACAGAGGCUUUACAGAAAUGCACUGUAUGAGUGGCCACUCCAAUUUUGUAUCUUGUGUAUGCAUCAUACCUGCAAGUGACAUGUAUCCUCAUGGACUAAUUGCUACCGGAGGAAAUGACCACAAUAUUUGUAUCUUCUCACUGGACAGCCCCAUGCCACUUUAUAUUCUAAAAGGUCACAAAAAUACUGUUUGUAGUCUCUCGUCUGGAAAAUUUGGGACUUUACUUAGUGGCUCCUGGGACACCACUGCUAAAGUCUGGCUGAAUGACAAGUGCAUGAUGACCCUACAGGGCCAUACAGCUGCAGUGUGGGCAGUAAAGAUCUUACCUGAACAGGGCUUAAUGUUGACUGGAUCGGCAGACAAGACUAUUAAACUGUGGAAGGCUGGAAGAUGUGAGAGGACUUUCUCAGGGCAUGAAGACUGUGUAAGAGGUUUGGCAAUUUUGAAUGAAACAGAAUUUCUUUCUUGUGCAAAUGAUGCUAGUAUUAGAAGGUGGCAAAUCACUGGCGAGUGUCUUGAAGUCUAUUAUGGACAUACAAAUUAUAUUUAUAGCAUAUCUGUCUUUCCAAAUUGUAAAGAUUUUGUGACAACAGCAGAAGACAGAUCUCUGAGAAUCUGGAAGCAUGGAGAUUGUGCUCAAACAAUUCGACUUCCAGCUCAGUCUAUAUGGUGCUGCUGUGUGUUAGACAAUGGUGACAUUGUGGUUGGUGCGAGUGAUGGUAUUAUUAGAGUGUUUACAGAAUCAGAGGAUCGAAUAGCAAGUGCUGAGGAAAUCAAGGCUUUUGAAAAAGAGCUGUCUCAGGCAACCAUUGAUUCUAAAACAGGGGACUUAGGGGACAUUAAAGCUGAGCAACUUCCGGGAAGGGAACAUCUAAAUGAACCUGGUACUAGAGAAGGACAGACUCGUCUAAUCAGAGAUGGAGAGAAAGUUGAAGCCUAUCAGUGGAGUGUUAGUGAAGGGAGGUGGAUAAAGAUUGGUGAUGUUGUUGGCUCAUCUGGUGCUAAUCAACAAACAUCUGGAAAAGUUUUAUAUGAAGGGAAAGAAUAUGAUUAUGUUUUCUCAAUUGAUGUCAAUGAAGGUGGACCAUCAUACAAACUGCCAUAUAAUGUCACUGAUGAUCCUUGGUUAACUGCAUACAACUUCUUACAGAAGAAUGAUUUGAAUCCCAUGUUUCUGGAUCAAGUGGCUAAAUUUAUUAUUGAUAAUACAAAGGGUCCAAUGUUGGGACUUGGAAACUCCAGUUUCUCAGAUCCGUUUACAGGUGGUGGUCGGUAUGUUCCAGGCUCUUCAGGAUCUUCCAACACACUGCCAGCAGCAGAUCCUUUUACAGGUGCUGGUCGUUAUGUGCCUGGUUCUACAAGUACGGGAACUACCAUGGCUGGAGUCGAUCCAUUUACAGGAAAUAGUGCCUACCGAUCAGCUCCAUCUAAAACAGUGAAUAUUUAUUUUCCUAAAAAAGAAGCUGUCACUUUUGACCAAGCAAACCCUACACAAAUUUUAGGUAAAUUGAAGGAACUUAAUGGAACUGCACCUGAAGAGAAGAAGUUAACUGAGGAUGACUUGAUACAUCUUGAAAAAAUACUGUCUCUAAUAUGUAAUAGUUCUUCAGAAAAACCCACAGCCCAGCAACUUCAGAUUUUAUGGAAAGCUAUUAAUUGGCCUGAAGAUAUUGUCUUUCCUGCACUUGACAUUCUCCGGUUGUCAAUUAAACAUCCCAGUGUGAAUGAGAACUUCUGCAAUGAAAAGGAAGGGGCUCAGUUCAGCAGUCAUCUUAUCAACCUUCUGAAUCCUAAAGGAAAACCGGCAAACCAGCUGCUUGCUCUCAGGACUUUUUGCAAUUGUUUUGUUGGCCAGGCAGGACAAAAACUCAUGAUGUCCCAGAGGGAAUCACUAAUGUCCCAUGCAAUAGAACUGAAAUCAGGGGGCAAUAAGAACGUUCACAUUGCUCUGGCUACAUUGACCCUGAAUUAUUCUGUUUGUUUUCAUAAAGACCAUAAUAUUGAAGGGAAAGCUCAAUGUUUGUCAGUAAUUAGCACAAUCUUGGAAGUUGUACAAGACCUAGAAGCCACUUUUAGAGUUCUUGUGGCUCUUGGGACACUCAUCAGUGACGAUUCAAAUGCUAUACAAUUAGCCAAGUCUCUAGGUGUUGAUUCUCAAAUAAAAAAGUAUGCCUCAGUAUCAGAACCAGCUAAAGUAAGUGAAUGCUGUAGACUUAUCCUAAAUUUGCUGUAGCAAUGGAGAAAGGAAGUGGGGAUUUUAAAUUAGUGUUUUUUCCUCUCACAUUUUACAUGACUGAUUACAGAUGAUAAAGAAUACUGUGUAUUAAGUAAAAUUUCAGAUCUUGUAAAGUGACAAAGAGGGGAAACAAAGGAGAAAUAAAAUUUUUGCACUGAUGAA